AUGACUCGAGAUGAUGAUAAAUCCAACCAUGCAAAACGUGAUUUAGAAACUCAAAAUGUUGAUACUUUUGUUGACAGAGAGCCAGACUCUAAAAAAAUUCGCCUUCAAGAAAGCAAAAAUAGUAAUAAUUCAAGUGAUCUUUACUUGGAUACUGUAGAUUUUGAUUUUGAAAAAGUAUGUUCAGUUUCUUUGUCAAAUCUAAAUGUUUAUGCCUGUUUAGUAUGUGGCAAAUAUUUUCAAGGACGAGGUCGUAAUUCACAUGCUUAUUUCCAUAGUUUACAUGAAGAUCACCAUGUUUUUAUUAAUUUACAUACUCUCAAAGUAUAUGUAUUACCUGAUGGAUAUGAAGUCAAAGAUUCAUCACUAGAUGAUAUCAAGUAUGUUUUAUAUCCGACGUUUACAAAAGAACAAGUUGCACAAUUGGAUCAAAAUAUUAAACAUUCAUAUGAUUUAAAUAAUAAAAAAUAUUUACCUGGUUUUGUUGGGUUGAAUAAUGUAAAAGCUAAUGACUAUGUUAAUGUAAUAAUACAAGCAUUAGCACAUAUUCCCCCACUUAGAGAUUACUUUAUGUUGCAAAACUUUGAAAAUAAAUCUCAAUUAGUUCAAAGAUUUAGUACACUUGUUAAAAAAAUAUGGAAUCCAAGAGCAUUUAAAGGACAAGUUAGUCCUCAUGAAUUAUUACAAGAAAUAUCAAAUGCAAGUAAUAAACGAUUCAAACUUGCAGAACAAACAGAUCCUCUUGAUUUUCUAUCUUGGUUUCUUAAUACAUUACAUAAAGACUUAUGUGGUACCAAGAAAUCAGAUUCAAGUAUAAUAUAUAAGAUAUUUCAAGGAGAAGUAAAGGUAGAAUCUCAAUUCAUAAUUACAAAAGAUAAUACUGAUGAAAAGAAUCGUCAAUUAUUUGAUGUUGAUAGAGAAAUAUCUUUAAAAAGGACACGAUUUUUGUUUUUAACAUUGGAUUUACCACCACCACCUUUAUUUCAGGAUGAAGUCGAGAAAAAUAUCAUUCCUCAAGUUGCAUUAUCAACAGUGCUUCAAAAAUAUGACGCAGGUGCUUUAAAAAGAUUUCAAUUGAUUAGUUUGCCUAAUUACUUAAUUUUCCAUAUUAAACGUUUCACAAAAAAUAAUUGGGAUCUUGAGAAAAAUCCCACAAUUGUAAACUUUCCUAUUAAAAACAUUGAUAUGAAAGAUUUUCUUGAAAAUCCAGAAUCAGAAAUGUUAGACACACAUUAUGAUUUAAUAGCAAAUAUAUGCCAUGAAGGCAAAGCAGGUAAAAGUAAUGGGAUUUAUAAAGUACAUGUUCAACAUCGUGGUAAAGAACAAUGGUAUCAAAUUCAAGAUUUGAUUGUGGAAGAGAUUAAUGCACAAAUGAUCUUUUUAUCUGAAAGUUAUAUUCAGAAAAAUCCAAAAUCUUUAAAUUUAGAGUAG